AUGUCGUCUCCAAGUCCUGGCAAGAGGCGAAUGGACACCGACGUGGUGAAACUCAUUGAGAGCAAGCAUGAAGUCACCAUCCUGAGCGGACUCAAUGAGUUUGUGGUCAAGUUCCACGGACCGUCCGAAACUCCUUAUGAAGGAGGCGUGUGGAAAGUUAGAGUGGAUCUUCCAGACAAAUACCCCUUCAAGUCCCCAUCAAUAGGUUUCAUGAACAAAAUUUUUCAUCCCAACAUCGAUGAAGCGUCAGGAACAGUGUGUUUGGACGUCAUUAACCAGAUGUGGACGGCCCUCUACGACCUUACCAACAUCUUUGAGACCUUUCUACCCCAGCUGCUCUCCUACCCCAACCCCAUCGACCCUUUGAACGGGGAUGCUGCAGCAAUGUUCCUUCACCGCCCAGAGGAUUACAAACACAAGAUUAAAGAAUACAUCCAAAAGUAUGCCACGGAGGAGGCGCUAAAAGAGCAGGAGGUGGGCGGCGGCAACUCUUCCGAUGAGAGCUCCAUGUCGGACUUUUCUGAGGAUGAGGCUCAGGACAUGGAGUUGUAG